CAGGAAGCGGGAGGGGCAGGAGGGCCAGAGCCUCCGGAAAACCGGCCCAACUCCGCUUCCUGCCCCGCCAGAGCCAGGAAACCCAAGCCGGGACCCAGGGCCCGGGAUCCCCAAAUCCCUGUACCCCCGAGACCUUUGGGGCUCUCCCCGGCCUAACCCCAGCCUCAGCACGGCAUGGAGAUAGAAGAUGCAGCGCGAGGGGCCCCCGGCCCGACCCGGCCAGCUCCAGUCAGCAUCAUUGGCGCUGAAGAUGAGGACUUUGAGAAUGAGCUGGAGACGCACCCAGAGGAGCGGAGCAGCGAGUUCCAGAGCCUGGAGCAGGUGAAGCGCCGCCCCGCCCAUGUCAUGGCCCUCCUGCACCACGUGGCUCUGCAGUUUGAUUCGGGACCCCUGCUGUGCUGUCUCCAUGCUGACAUGCUGGCCUCCCUGGGCCCCAAGGAGGCCAAGAAAGGCUUUCUGGACUUCUACCACAACUUCCUAGAGAAGACGGCGGUCCUGCGCGUGCCCGUGCCCCCGUCAGUGUCCUUUGAGCUUGACCGCACGCGCCCAGAGCUGCUCCCCGAGGAGACCCAGCGGCGAUUCCUCCAGGAGGUGGUUCGUGCCCAGCAGAACACCAUCUCCCGUCAGCUCGAGGACUUCCGGUCUAAGCGGCUCAUGGGGAUGACCCCUGGGGAACCAGACUUGUCCCAGCUGGAAGCCUGGGCAGCCCGGGACCGGGUCAGCUUUGAGGGCCGGGAGCGCCUCGUGGCAGAGAGGCUCCUGAACCGGCUGGAAGACAUGCACCCGACCAGCUCCACGGAUGAGGAAAAGAGCGUGGCCAUAGUGAAUGCAAUCAGCGCUUACAUGCGCUACCUUGGCGUUCGGACCAAGAGCGGUGACAAGAAGGCGCGAGGGAACUUCUUCCGGAAAAAGAUGAACCGCCGCACGGACGAUCCCCCCAAGCCCAAGAAGGGCCUCAGCAUCAUCCUGGACGCAGCCCGAUGGAACCGCGGAGAGGCUCCGGCUCCUGACUUCCGACACCCUAAAGCUGAGAGUGACGGUGAGAAACCAGGGCUUCCUGAGCGGAAGAUCAGCCAGGUGACUCCCCCAAGGGGGAUCGUUGGGCCCCCCGGGCCGGAUGCCCCUGGUGUCGCUGUGCAUCCCCCUCCAGGUGAAAGCCCGGACAAGGAGCCAGGUAUUGAUCCACCCUCAGAAGUGGGGGAUCCACCCCCCCAAGGCCCAUCAAGCUCAGAGUCCCCCGUCCUCCCAGAGAGCAGCACGGAGGAUGGGGCCGACACGGAGAGAAAGUGGAAGAGACUGUCUGGCAGACUGGGGCGCUCCGAGAGCCUUCGGGUGACCGACCGGCGCCGGCCAUCCCGGGGCAGCCUGGGGGCCAAGGGCCGAGCAGGGGGCCGCUCCCGAAGCGAUGUGGACACAGACCCUGGCUCUGCCACGGCGGCCCUUGGCUCCGCCCGACGUGCCACCCCCGAGCCAGGUGAGGAGGGGGAGCCGGGCCGCUCGGGGCUGGAGCUGGAGCCUGAGGAGCCGCCCGGCUGGCGGGAGCUGGUCCCCCCUGACACCUUGAGCGGGAUGCACAAGAACCAGGUGAAGCGACAAGAGGUGAUCAGCGAGUUGCUGGUGACCGAGGCGGCCCACGUGCGCAUGCUUCGGGUUCUCCAUGACCUCUUCUACCAGCCCAUGGCUGAUGGGGGCUUCUUCACGAUGGACGAGCUACAGAACAUCUUUCCCAGCCUGGAUGAGCUGAUCGACGUGCACUCUCUGUUCCUGGAGAGCCUGAUGAAGCUGCGGCAGGAGAGCGGCUACAUUAUCGAGGAGAUUGGGGAUGUGCUGCUAGCCAGGUUCGACGGCACUGAGGGCCACUGGUUCCAGAAGAUCUCUUCUCGGUUCUGUAGCCGGCAGUCCUUUGCUCUGGAGCAGCUCAAGGCCAAGCAGAGAAAGGAGCCAAGGUUCUGCACCUUUGUGCAGGAAGCAGAGAGCAGGCCCCGCUGCCGGCGGCUGCAGCUCAAGGACAUGAUCCCCACGGAGAUGCAGCGACUUACGAAGUACCCUCUGCUCCUGCAGAGCAUCUGGCAGAACACAGAGGAGCCAAAGGAGAAGGCAAAGGUGGAGCAGGCUGCUGAAUGCUGUAAGGAGAUUCUGCAUCACGUGAACCAGUCUGUGAGAGAUAUGGAGGACCUGCUGGUAAGGAUGCACGGAGACAUUCUGGGGAGGAGGGACAAGGCCCCUGGAGGCCACUGGGAAAGAGGGUGGAGGCUGUGGGACCCCGGGGGAUCUUGGGGGUGCCCCGGCAGGAGUGGGCGCCACCCCGGGGCUGACCGUGGCUCCCCCCCCUGCACAGACCACAGGGCUUUCUACGUCAUCUUUACCUGGGACCAGGAGGCUCAUAUCUAUGAACUGGUGGCCCAGACAGUGUCGGAGAGAAAGCACUGGUGUACCCUCAUCACCGACACAGCGGGCUCUCUGAAGGUCCCAGCCCCAUCCGGGCGGUCCAAAUCCCGCCCGAGCCCCAUCAGUGCUCGGGAGCCCCUGAUCAGCAUCUCUGAGAACGGGAACAGCAGCAGAGAGACCCCACAGGCCGAAGGCCGCUGUGAGCGCAUCCUGUCUGACCUGCUGCCCUUCUCCUGCCCGGACACGGAGGGACAGCUGGCAGCCUCUGCCCUCCGAGAAGUUCUUUCCCUUAAGCAAAUCCUGCUCCCAGCAGAGGAAGAGAACGGGCCUGGGCCAGCCCCGGAGAGUGAGGGGGCGCCGGGGGCUGCCCAGACCCAGGAGGUGCGGGACAGGCUUCUGACCUUGGAGGACACCAUCAAGAGGCUGGAGGAAGUGGAGGAGGAGUUCUGUCGGCUCAGACUCGUCAUUUCCCAGCUCAAUGGGGCCUCCCCCAGCCAGGCUGGCUGCUCCUGAGGGCCGGGCAGGUGAGCCCCCGUGGAGGGUGGCCCCUGGGGGCUGCCCCCCAGGCCCUCUCCAAGGGAGGACCAGGAAAAGGGAGGGGGAGAUGUCUGUCGGCAUGCUCCCCCCAGCGGAUCAGCCACUGCCCACUGUCUGCAGAGAGGGGGCCCGUGGGCCGGUGGGGCCCCCCAGGCUGCUCCUCCUCUUCUAUUCCCAGCCCCUUGGGGGACCUCAGGGCUUUAUCCCAGCUCCCCUUCACUGAUGGGACGUGUCAGUAUUCCGCCCCCACACGUGGGGGCCUUCCUUCCCCAGUCCUUCCUUCUCCAGUGCCUUACCUGUUACGCAUUGUUUUUAUAUUCUGAGGUUUAUUUUUAAUAUAUGUAUAUAUAUAUAUAUAUAUGUAUGUAUGUAUGUA